AUGAUCACACUAACAAUCUGGACUGCUUUUGCAACCGUUGCCUUCGUGUUGACAGCAUGGUUUGCGUCGACUACCUUCUCUGUUAAUCCUGCAUAUGAGAUUCAGUCGAGUUUCCACAUCUCCUUCGCGGAUACCGUCACGAUUUUGAGGGUCAUUCAAGGGUUGACCUCAUGGGCUACUGCAAGCGCCGUUGCUGCAUCGUUUGAGAUUGCUAUGUGGGCUUCGGCUGCUGCUGAGACAGGUUCUCCGAUAUUGACUCUGCUAACUAUUUCACCAACGACGGGCAUAUGGGGGAUUUUAAGCCUAGUUUGUUCAAAAACAGCAACUGGAGUAGCUCGAACUUGGGGGUCUGCAAGGCUCUCUCUGCUCGCUAUCUAUACCCUCGGUAGCAUAGUAUUGUUUAUUAAUACUUCUACAAUGACUUCGUACUAUCCGAUCAGUACUUUCAACGUCCUUGCUGGGACUGGGCCAUUUAAUGCAUCCCUCAUCGGCCCCUUCUUGCAACAGUUUAACACUACUAUUCCUUAUUUCGCACUCGCGAGCUCAUAUUCGUUUAUCAACAACCCUGCGUUCUCAAUAUCUUUAGAGCCAUCUUGCUCCGGUUCUAUGACACCUUGCGACUCCUAUCUGUUACCAGGUGGCAUCUAUCUAAUGUGGCCUCAACUCAGCGGUAAUGUGUCAGAUGGCUCGGUCGUUAGCAUCCAAAAUGCCCCAGCAAUGCGAAUUGAUUUUACGGAAGGAUUGGGCUCGGAUGACAACUUCUUCUCAGCCUCUGACUGUACGGUAUAUGGAGAUGGCCUCGCUGCUGUUAAUUUUUGUUUGAGUGAAAGUAAUAUUCAUCAUGGAUCACUCAAGGCAGGAGUAUAUGUCUGUACCAACGGCACCAGGGACGGACAAUGCCUUGCUUCGUCAGAGUCAGGCUCAACACCGAACGUAACGACAACAUUCACGACAUCCAGCUACACUGCUUCCAGCGUCAACAGCGUGGAGAACAGUACAAUCUUGUCGGUCUUUAACUUGGUUGCUCAGGAGGCAGCGGCUGCGGUUGAUGUACAAACUUUGAGUCUAGCAAUCGGAUGGCUUUUGAAUUAUACGGCGGCGAAUUUGCCACCAGAGUCAUCGCCGGAUUUUCAGUUCUGGGAAACAGGCUCUGAUACAUAUCAGACCAUCUGGCAGACCAAUUCCUACAUCAUGCUAAAGAGUAUCCUAGGCUUCAUCUUGUGGGAGUUCAGUGUCAACAAUGACGGUAAUCUAGCAGUGUUAUACACCGAACCUAACGGUCUAACGCCUGACUUGCCAUCGGAGUUUCAUACGACAGCAUCCAUCUGUAUACCAUUAGAGAGAUUUGUUCUAGAUAGAACAUAUUUUAUUGUGUAUAUUGUGUUUCAAUCAGUGGCCCUUGUCUUUUGUUGGUCAGUGGUCUUGUGGGCGGGGUUGAUUCGCAAACAAUUGCCAGAAAUAACGUCAAUGGCGGCUGUUGACUUCGGUGCGAAAUUGCGUAGCACGCAGACCUUGGAUGAGAAGCUAUUUUCGCAAGUUCGGAGGGAGGAUGGAAAUAAACAGAUCAGAUAUGCUCUUCAGGGGGUUCGAGUGACAAGCUAUUACAAGGAAAAGCCGGAAGCUGUUGAACCUCUUAUGAAAAAAGAUGAGAUUGGUCAAAUUAAAGUACGCAGGAGAGCAUCAUGGCCUUGA